AUGAAAAUCGACAUCAUAUGCGUUUCCUCAGAAGCCAAAGGCCAUGGUCUCGGGAAAGAGCUGACCAGGAGGUCUAUAGAAAUAGCACGUUCUGAAGGAUGCGACUGGGUGGCUACGGCAGCGACGGCAGCCGCUUCUCAAGCCGUUUUUUCACGGAUGGGAUUCCAGUCGUUGCAUGAAAUACCGUACUCGAGCUUCAGAGAGAACGGAAACGUGGUCUUCAAAAAUCUUCACGACGGCUGUGAAUCUGGGAAAUUCAUGGCAUUAAGAGUUAACUAG